GCUCACUCUCAGUAAUCCACCAGUUGUCGUGGAGGAUGGUAAAGGUGGACUGUCGGCAGCUGUGGACGUCAUUGUGUUGAGAUGACUUGGAAUUGAAGCUACAGGGUUGCCCAUCACCCGCCAAGAUGAGUGCAGUGAAUGGAGGUAGUGAAAAGUCAGCCAUCGGCGGUAUUCUAAGCAGUGAAAUGUUUGAUAAAAUUCUGAAAGAAAAGGGACCAAAGCAGGAGAUUUAUGUAUCUUAUGCAACUUUGUUUGCGGAAAAGGGGCAAAUUGUAGAGAGUUUGGAACUGCUAUUCCACACCUAUAAGUUAUACAAUAUGAAUUCCGAUAAACUGUAUCAAGUGAUUAGCAAAAUAGUGGAUUAUUUAAGGUUAAACUGGAAAGAGAACGGUCCUCCUCCCACCAGAAAUGUAUUCUCGUGCCCAGUUUGCUGGGGUGUGCUCCACGAACCUCUCACUCUUGUGUGCGGCCACACCUACUGCCGAAAAUGCCUACUUAAAGAACAACUUAGAAUGUGUAGAGUUUGUCAGUAUAAGUUCAAAGAUAAAGGUAUUUCUAACGUGAAACCUAAUGUAUUAGUGGCGACCUUAGUGAGUCGCUGGUGGCAGCAGGAGGUGGAUGGAGUCAAGCUACGGACGGAAGGAAACAAAUACUUUCAGAACCAACAGCUGGAGAAAGCUCUCGAAGCUUACAUUAAAGCCUUCAAAAGUGGUAAGUGCACAUCCCUAAUUUGUCAUAAUCAUAGCAUGGUUUCUUAUGGUAUGACUGCUUCCCUCAAUGCACUUUUUGAAUGCAGGGUGUUGUUGGAGCUCUCCAAUUUUGUGUGUGUGUGUGUGUGUGUGUGUGUAUUAUUAUGUAAUAUAUUUAGAAUAAUUUUGUUGUUGCAGGCUUUCCACCGUCUGCUCAUCAGACUGACUUCCAACAGAAGAUACAGCAUGGAGGGACGAAACAACUGCCACCAUCACAGUUACUCCUGCCUCUCACCUGCACACUCUGACCCUUCCAUCAUUCCUGAGUCUGACUCUGGUGAGGAUAGUGAGGACAGUGAGGAUGGACACCAGCAGAGUCAUUGUGGACCUUCUGCUCCACCUGUUGAGGAAGUGUCUCACCUCAGAAAAAUUAUGGAUAAAUUCAAUCUUGAAAUGGAAAGAAACAAAAAAUCCAGUUGUGGCUAUGUACGGAUGGUAGAAGUACAAAAUUAUGAUAAAAAUGACUUCGAGUGCACAUUGUGUUAUCGUUAUUUGUACCAGCCUGUCACUACCCCCUGUGGUCAUUCUUUCUGUCGCACCUGUUUAGACCGUUGCCUGGAUCACUCUACAAGCUGUCCACUAUGUAAAACUUCAAUUAAAAUGUUUUUGGCUGAGAGACGAACUGCAGUAACAGAAUUUGUUGAAGUUGCAAUGCAAACUGUGAUGGCCAGUGAAUGCCGAGAAAGGAAACAGCAACAUGAUGAGGAGAUGGACGAGUUAGCUGCAGCUGGCAAAGAUUCCCAGCAUGGCAUCCCAAUAUUUAUUGCCACGUUAGCCAUUCCCACCAUCAGCUGUCCCUUGCAUGUAUUUGAGCCUCGCUACAGACUCAUGAUCAGGCGGUGCAUGGAGUCAGGCACACGGGAGUUUGGGAUGUGUAUGCCCAUGGAAAAUGCUGAAAAUGGGUACGCAGACUCGGGUACAAUGCUGGAGAUACGAGACAUAGAGUAUACACCAGAUGGCCGUUCAAUCGUGAAUACAGUCGGUUCCAGACGGUUCAGGAUUGUCAGUAAGAGUGUAAAAGAUGGCUAUAACACUGCUGCUGUAGAAUUCCUUCAGGAUGCUGUACCAACUAGUAAUUUAUUGGAACUACACAAACUUCAUGAUUGUGUACAUAAGCUGGCUUCAAAAUGGUAUGAAUCUAUAGAACAUUUGACAAAAAGAAGGAUUCUUGUGCACUAUGGCCCAAUGCCUCCAGUUGAGGGUGAAUAUUGGACUAUUCCUAAUGGUCCUGCCUGGAUGUGGUGGGUCAUUGCAAUUCUUCCACUUGAUCAUCGAAUCCAGCUGUCAAUUCUCAAUGAAACAUCAUUAAAACGUCGCUUGGAGAUCCUCCACAAGAUAGUUCGCUGUGUCCUGGUGCAGCAGCAUCCCCAACAAACACCUGCAGAAGGAUCACAGUGACUAGUAGCAUCUCAUAAGUUUAAAAGAUAUUUAUGCCAAAGUAAUUGUUGGGUCUUUUUUCUACUUUUCUUAUUGCUUUCUUUGGGAAAUUCAAUGUAUUAUUUAUCUUGAUCAGAAGUGAAAUAUUGAUUACAGGGAAAAUGGAUUGUGUUACCCAUAGUUGAAUUACAUGCAGCAUGAUGUAUAGCUUAUGUUUGGAUUGCUAUAAAAUUAUGUUAAACAUUUGGAUUAUUUAAAUACUGGCAUUUCAGGAAAUUGUUGCAGUUCUGUUAUGAUAUUGCUAUGCAUGAAACUUAAUUUUCUCUGUAGUUCAGUCAUCUCAUUCAUCAAUUUUACCCUGAACAACUUUGGAACAGGUAAUUUCUCAGGAUUGCAAGGUGUAACAGACAUCAAUUGUAUUUAUGUUUAGAAUUAUUUAUUAUGUAGUUUCUAAAGCCAUGCAUAUUUUUUGCAUGCUGAUAAGAACUGCAACCUAACAAUAGAUACCUCAUACUCCCUUGUCAUGCAUUGUAGAGUUCUGUGGGAAACUCUAACGACAGUUUGGGUUGUUAUAAAACUAUAAUUUGUAACUGUAACAUUCAGGGACUUGAUUUAUGUCAUUUAUAUGCAUCAGAUAGGUUAUUUUUAUUUAUUUAUUAAUUUUUAUUAUUCCUUAGAUGUUAUCUUCUUUGUUUCCAUGAUCUGGACUCCCAGAAUCUUUUUACAAGGUUAUUUUGAUACAGAGGUAGUUGGCUUUUUUCAUGAAUUAGAUGGAGUAAACUGUGUAGCUUAGGAAAGAAGGUGCUGAUAGUUAAGAGAACUUUAUGUGCAGCCAAAGGUUUCCUUUGGGAUAUCUUGGCUAUUUCUAUACCACUUUGUUACCAAGAGAUAUUUUUACAUGAGCCAUUGCACAAAAUUUCAAGAAGCUUGCUGAAGUGACGGUGGGCUUUGGCGGUUGUGCCAAGUGGUUAUUUCACUCAUAAUUCUGAAUUACACAUGUUAUAAGUAA